AUGAGGCGUCACGCAGGAGUAGGUGCCAUACAGAAACAAAGAUUGCAACAGGAGAAAUAUCGGGAAAAAGGAUCAGAAAUCCAGGAAAAUCAGUUUCAACAGAUGUCCAAACAAUUGGAAGUUUUUAGAGAAAACUUGGAAGAAUUUGCGACUAAACAUAAGAAUGAAAUAAAGAAGAAUGCUCAGUUCAGGAGGCAGUUUCAAGAGAUGUGUGCUGCAAUCGGUGUAGAUCCACUGGCAUCGGGAAAGGGAUUUUGGUCUGUGUUAGGUAUUGGUGAUUUUUACUAUGAAAUAGGAGUACAAAUAGUGGAGGUGUGUUUAGCUACAAACUACAAGAAUGGUGGGCUUAUAACUUUGGAGGAGCUGCGGACGAGACUCAUUGCAGCCAGAGGCAAGGCCAAGAUACACCAAGAAAUUACUAAUGAAGAUCUGUUAGUUGCUGUAAAGAAACUCAGGAUAUUUGGGAAUGGUUUCACAGUAGUACCAAUGGGUAAAGGCAAGUGGUUGGUGCAGUCAGUGCCGGGCGAGUUGAACUUGGAUCAAACAUUGGUGCUGCAGAAAGCAAGUGGACUGGGCACUGCUUGGGUGUCUCUUAGCAUACUCAUUGAUGAUCUUGGAUGGACAGAAACAAGAGCCCAGAAUGCCCUAAACCACAUGGUAAAAGAAGGUCUAGCAUGGGUGGAUACCCAAGACACAAAGGAGACCUUAUACUGGUUCCCAAGUAUGUUCUCCGAGUGUGUGGCUGCGUGA